GAUGGCCGCGGCCGCCGCUGGCCUGAGCUGGAGGCGGGUGUCCUCGUUUACGGGGCCGGUGCCGCGCUCCCGGCACGGGCACCGCGCGGUCGCCAUCCGCGAGCUGGUCAUCAUCUUCGGGGGCGGCAACGAGGGCAUCGCCGACGAGCUGCACGUCUACAACACGGCUACAAAUCAGUGGUUUCUUCCUGCAGUAAGGGGAGAUAUUCCUCCAGGCUGUGCAGCCCAUGGAUUUGUUUGUGAUGGUACCAGAAUACUAGUUUUUGGAGGAAUGGUUGAAUAUGGAAGAUACAGUAAUGAUUUAUAUGAAUUGCAGGCAAGUCGAUGGCUCUGGAAAAAAGUAAAACCUCAAGCGCCUUCUACUGGAUCACUCCCCUGUCCUCGACUUGGCCACAGCUUUUCUUUGUAUGGUAACAAGUGCUAUUUAUUUGGUGGCCUAGCAAAUGAAAGUGAGGAUUCAAAUAAUAACGUUCCCAGAUAUUUAAAUGAUUUCUAUGAACUGGAGCUACAACAUGGUUCUGGAGUUGUUGGCUGGAGUAUUCCUGUGACGAAAGGGAUCUUACCAUCUCCCCGAGAAUCUCACACAGCCAUCAUAUACUGCAGAAAAGAUUUGGGAAGUCCAAAGAUGUAUAUAUUUGGAGGAAUGUGUGGCUGUAGGCUUAAUGAUCUUUGGGAGCUUGACAUAGAAACCAUGACCUGGUCAAGACCAGAAACUAAGGGGACAGUACCACUUCCUCGAAGUCUCCAUACAGCCAAUGUAAUAGGAAACAAAAUGUAUGUUUUUGGUGGAUGGGUUCCACAGUCAGCAGGAAGUGAAAUUUCUGCUCAUGAUGGUGAAUGGAAAUGUACCGGUUCAUUUUCUUAUCUAAAUUUGGAUACCACAGAAUGGAUAGGUCUGAUUUCGGAUUGCCAGGAAGACAAAAGUAACUUGUUACCAGGGCCAAGAGCAGGACACUGUGCUGUAGCUGUGGGUACUCGUCUGUAUAUCUGGAGUGGUAGAGAUGGUUACAGAAAAGCUUGGAACAAUCAAGUUUGCUGCAAAGAUCUUUGGUACCUUGAUACUGAGAAACCUCCAGCACCAUCACAGGUACAGCUGAUUAGAGCUACAACCAACUCUUUUCAAGUGAAAUGGGAUGAAGUACCUACAGUUGAAGGGUACCUACUUCAACUACAUUCUGACUCACCAGUGCCGUCAGUGGCUGGAACACCUGGUACUGGGGUUCCUGAGACAUCACUACUCAGUUCACAAGGUGGCUCUUCUGUACAUCAAAGUCCACAAUCAUUGACUAGCGUCCCUUAUCCAGAAAUGAAGGUGGAUCAUCCCAGCCAAACAAAUAAUGUCAUUCCUAACAAUGUCCAAGUUUCCCUUUCAUCCAACUCAUUAUUAAAAAUGGAAGGAAAAGAAAAAGUUGCAGCACCUGAAAGCAAGAUUACACAAGAAACUAUGAAAAGCCAUGCAGAUGCUACAGGAUUCAAAGAAUCAAAUGCCCCUUCUCUUCUGCCUGUUUGUACUUCAAGUCCUCAGACUUCAGCAAAUGUAGGUGAAUUACAUGACUUGGACAAACGAACUGUAAAUCCUGAUGCUUCUGUAUCCAGUACUGUCUCCAGCACACAAACUAUGGUAACCCAGCAGGCUGUUAAAACUGAAUCAUCAAGUACAAAUGGGGCAGUUGUUAAAGAUGAAACUUCACUAACAACAUUCAAUUCAAAAUCUGAAGCUGCUGAGACUGCUUUUAUCACUCCUUCAACAAGGGUUAAUGCUGGACAGACGAAUGAUACACACUCUUCUAAAACUCCAGUAAGACAGAUGGCAACGGGGAGAACAAGGGAACGACAGUGGUAUGAUGUUGGAAUUUUUAAAAACAACACUGCUGUGGUGAGCCAGUUCUACUUGCUGCCAGAGGAAACACUGAUCUCUAACAAGAUGGAAAAUGCAGAUGUUCCGGACUAUAGAUUACUUAAGAAACAGGAUCUUUUUCCAGGCACAGUGUACAGGUUCAGAGUUGCUGCAAUUAAUGGUUGUGGUGUUGGCCCUUUCAGUAAAAUCAGUGAAUUCAAGACUUGCAUUCCUGGUUUUCCUGGAGCUCCUUCAACAGUCAAAAUCACUAAGAGUGUAGACUGCAUUCAUCUUUCUUGGGAGCCUCCUGCUUCACCUUCUGGAAAUAUUUUAGAAUAUUCUGCUUAUUUAGCAAUCCGUUCCACACAAUUACAGGAAAAUCCAAAUCAGCUUGUAUUUAUGAGAAUAUACUGUGGUCUUAAAACAUCUUGUAUAGUGACUGCUGCCCAGCUUUCAAAUGCUCAUGUUGAUUAUACUUCCCGGCCUGCUAUAGUGUUCAGAAUUUCUGCAAAGAAUGAGAGAGGAUAUGGACCGGCUACACAAGUUCGAUGGCUUCAAGGUAAAGUCAGUGUCAGAUGCAGCAUUUAAAUGGAAUAUAGCUAUGGUGGAGAAAAUAGGUUUUUAUGCCUCUUGAAAACCAGCACAUUCCUCAGCAAUGCAUGUAAAGUUCUGGAAAUGUCCUGUUGUUCUGUAUAGAAGUUUUAGGAACAUUUGGUUGGUAGAUUUAGCAUAGCACUAAAGGAAUUUUAGUGUUUGUUCACAAGCAAAGACAAGCAAGAGUACUGAAUACUGUUUAUUAAAUCUUACCCAGUCCCCCAAAUGACAGUAGCUUAGCAGGCUUCUGAUUUCCCUGGCCUUUAUUUCAGCUUAAAGGUUUUCAUUCUAAGAGUAAAAUAAUCUAGUUAUGUUCAUGUCUCUCUUUUUUGGUGGUGGAGGAGAAGAUUUUAGAGUUUUCUUUAUUCUCUAAAUCUUCUUCCGUUCCAUAUCAAAAUAAUUUCUCAUGAGAUGAUGUAAGGUAUGUUUUUGUGACUAACAUAGACUUUUUGAAGUCCGUGUUACAGCCAGGAGAGGUUUUGCCAUCUCCUGCCUGCACUUGAAUUUAUACAAGAUCAUAAUGAAGUAGGUAUGGGAAUGGAUGGGCUGAAAAUAAAGAUUAGUGUUCAGCCUGGUCAGUUCCUUGGUGUGGCCUGCUGUGCUGCUGUAUAAAGGCUAGUGCCAGUGCCCGCAGAAGAGAGACAUAACUGAUUGCUGAGAGGGGAGCUGUGACUUUUAGCAGCAGCAUAUAAUCCCACAACAUAUGCUGGGUUAAAGUGGUUCUUUGCUCCCAGUUUCCACUUUAUCUACUUAGUAAUUUCUCAUACCAUCAAUUAAGUAGUUUCAAUUUAGGGUGCUGAAACUGGCAUUUUCUUGGCUUGUUAAUUCAGUGAGCCAAUUAAGGAUGUGAUCGGACAAGAUGGCUAAAUCAAUCUAACAGGUCGUUGCUGCCAGAAGAGGUGCUUUCACCCUCUUUCCCCUUGUCUGCGUUACGCAGUGUUCUCUGUCUUGCGUUGGCUCUGGCAGACCUCCUAAGUAAGGAAGAUCAGAGGCCUAAAGCAAGUAGAUUUGCGGGCUUCUCCCCUUAUUCCACCCCUUCCCUUUUCUGGCUCAGUGUCAGGAACUGUCUCUGCUCAGCAAGAAGUCCUGAAGGAUGGAGGAAGGUUAGGAGUGGCAGAGCAUGCGCACCCCAGGGGGAAGCAAUGAACUGCUGUACCUGUUUGGCUGCCAUUUCUGAGCUGGAGAGCAACAGUGAAGAAGUUGUCUUCUGUAAUGUUUACUAUACUGAGCCUGUUUUAACCCUUUAAGUGGCAGGGGUUUUGACAAUGAUCCACAUGUCCUGGAACUCUAAAACAGUAUUUACUGUUAUAAGAUG